AUGGCCAAGGCUGUGGGGGGUGGAGGCGGGGCUUGCUGGUUUCAGGGAAACAGCAAGUGCGCAUGCGCGGGCCGUCCCAACGGUUCGGCGAGAGGCGGCAUCAUGGUGGACGCGCCAGGCAGGGGCUGCCUGUCUGUGUUCAUCAGCAUCCCAGCUGGAACUGGGGGCGCGGCAGGCAGUGCGGCCCCGGCUGUGGGCGGGAACGGGGCAUCCAUGGUUGCAAGCGGCGGGGCCAUGCCACGCAGCAGUUCGGAUGCGGAGGGUUGCGGUGGAGCCGGCACGGCCCAGCCCAGGGCUGGGGGGGCGAGCGGUGGCAGCGCGGCGACCAACGGAGUCGCUCCAGUGGGGCUAGGGGCGGGAGGCUGGGCUGUUGCUGCGGGUUCGGAGGGAGGCACGACUCUCGGCGCGGCAGCCACAAACAUGGGGGGCAGUGUGGGCAUGAGCGGAGCCACCGGGGGGUCGGGCCAGAGUAGCGGCAGGCAGGGAAGAGGGCGCCGUCUCCAAAACCGGGAUGUGCACGGCAAGCACCGGGGGGGGGUUGCUGGCGGAGCACCGCGGCCGGGCUGCGGCUGUCAGCGCAGGGUCCAUGAGGUCCAGCACCGCGGUGCCAGGACUGGGGAAUGUCGCUGGAAUGCUGGGACCGGGGAACCUUGCCGGAACCCCAGGGGGCACAAAGGGAGCCAUGGGCAUGUGCACACCAGAGGAGAAAUCGGGGCUGGGGAGCCAUGGCACCACAGCCGCCAGCUCGGGGUCUGGCGCAGGCAGGCAGGGCGGCCAGGCUCCUGCGGCAGCACGCACGGGGGGGGGCAGGGGAGGGAAAGCGGCGUGGCACUGCGGAGGACUCGCGGUGGUGAUGGCCGCAGCCACGGGAGGCGUGGCCGCAGCAGCUGGCGAAAUCGCAGAUGGGUAGGGGCGAGCGGUCGGCCCCGCAGGACUGAGGGGGGGCAGGCAGGUCCGUGA